AUGGAGGGGUCCGCUAACGGCUCCAGUUUCGGCAUCGACUCGCUGCUCUCCCACAGGCCCGGAAGUCCGCUGUCCAAGGGGGACAGCCUGGCCGGAGAGUGCCGCUCUCCCUUGGAGUUCAGCCCGAGAUCCGACGCGGAAAGCGGCUGCUCGUCGCCGCCCUCGCCCAGGAGGGAGUGCGCCGACGAGCUGGCCCCGAGGCAGGGACACGGCGGCGUCGGCCUGCCGCCUCACCUGCAACACGGCCCCGCCGGGAUCUCGGCCGGGUCCCAGCAGAGGACCAUGACCUCGUCCUUCCUUAUCAGAGACAUUUUGGCGGACUGUAAGCCUCUGGCCGCCUGCGCGCCUUACUCCAGUAACGGACAACCCACGCAAGAAGCCGGCAGACUGGUCGCCAAAAUUGCCGACGACUUUAUGGAGAAAAUUCACAGUAACUCGUCGUCGGACAGCGAAUAUAAAGUGAAAGAGGAGGGGGACAGGGAGAUCUCCAGUAGCAGAGACAGCCCCCAAGUCCGGCUCAAGAAGCCCCGAAAGGCCAGGACGGCCUUCACGGACCACCAAUUGGCGCAACUGGAGCGCAGCUUUGAGCGCCAAAAGUACCUGAGCGUCCAGGAUCGGAUGGAGCUGGCCGCCUCGCUCAACCUCACAGACACGCAAGUCAAGACUUGGUACCAGAACCGAAGGACCAAAUGGAAGCGUCAGACGGCGGUGGGACUGGAACUCUUGGCCGAGGCUGGCAACUACUCGGCCCUGCAAAGGAUGUUCCCGUCGCCAUACUUCUACCCGCAGAGCCUGGUGUCCAACCUGGACCCGGGGGCGGCGCUCUACCUGUACAGGGGCCCGUCAGCGCCGCCGCCCAGUUUGCAGAGGCCCCUGGUGCCCCGCAUCCUGCUGCACGGCUUGCAGGGAGGCAGUGAGCCGCCGCCCCCGCCGCCUCUGCCCCCUAUGUCCGGUGUGCUCUCCCGGCCGAGCCAGCAGCGGUGA